AUGGGAGAUCACGCCGCGCUCAGCCCCGGCUUCGUAGGACCGCUCCUCAACUUUCACAGCGGAGACCACUUCUACCUGCCAGGAUUCCGCAGCUCCGGCUCACUGCCGCCGCUGACCUACCCGCGGCGAGACGCUGUCUGCGCUCUGCCCUGGGCUCCCGCGGAGCCAGCGGCGAGCGCCCUCUCGCAGAGUUACUCAAGAGGGGCGCCUGCUCUGGCGGAGCCCGCCUGCAGCCGGACCUAUGUCCACUCUGAACCGCCGACCAAGGACCUUUACCGUGGGGGAGUUGCUCAAAAGGCGGCCUCCGGACCAACCAAGUGCCACUUCCCGGCCGCUGCAAAUACCGCCGCCGACACGCCAGAGGGCUGUCCCGCGCCGGGAACCGAGUCCGCCUCCACUUUCCUGAACUCCGUUAGUGACUCCGGCGGCUGUUCGCCACUCGCCCCACGGGAAACGUUCGCCGAUUCGGCAACGCCCUGGUAUCCCCUCCAUUCCCGAUCAAGGAAGAAGCGGAAACCCUACUCCAAGAGCCAGAUCGCAGAGCUGGAAGGGGAGUUCAUGGUGAAUGAGUUUAUCACGCGGCAGCGGCGCAGGGAGCUCUCCGACCGACUCGUCCUCACUGACCAGCAGGUGAAGAUCUGGUUCCAGAACCGGCGGAUGAAGAAGAAGCGAUUACUCCUCCGUGAGCAAGCACUGUGUCUCUACUAGUUCCCAAGAGGGGUGCUGAGACUACCCCGCCUCCAAACCGCUGCCUACACGUGAUCUGUUACGUAGUUGCUUUCCCGACCGCCUGGUAUCUGCAGUAGGCGGUCUAACCAUGGUCAAGACUUUGCUUCCUUUGGAAAAAUUAACGUUUGUUCGCGGACAAUUCGGUGUUCCUGACGGAAGGUAAACCAACGGACUUCAUCCGAUUACACCCAGAGUGUGUCAGAUAGCGUGAGAAGGGGAGACCUUAGAAGAGACACAACUCAACUUCGUUUAUGUCUAAUUUCGCUUCACGGCUGUGCGCUCUAAGUAAGCC